UCAGGAUUACGGGCGUGGAGACAGGGCGGAGACCGUGGUGUUUUAUUAAAAUUCAUUAGAUCUCUUUUCACUGUUGGACCUGUGUGGAUGCCGUGGUAUCAGCGGACGCGUUGGCGGUGCCGGGCAAACUGUCUCGGACAGGUUUUGCCGUACUGUUGACUUGAGGUAGGCUGUGUUUCGCGAACAUUGUAGUCGAUGGCGCAGAUAAAGAUGUGUGAAACCCCGCUGCACUACCACAGCUGCUUGGAUGUGACUGAACAGUUCGACUCGUUUUUGUGUCAAGGUGGAGUUCUCGUUACUGAUGUGUUUCUCGUGGCUGACCUCAUGUGGAUCGCCGGACAGAGAAAGGCUAUCGGUGAAGAAAUCGAAAGGACCACCAUGCUGCCAGGAUAAAUUGUGACGCGGAGGGACAAAGCUGCAAUACGAUGGCCGAAAAUGAGAAUAAUCUAAAAACAGCCAGGUUAUGGAGAGACGCUGCUUUACGCUCAAGGAAACUGAGGAGCAAUUUACGUCAGCUCACUCUUAGCACGAAGAACAGUCAGAAAAUAACAUUACCAGAAGACAUCAAAGAGAUUGAAGUCCUUAAUCUAGGUAAUAAUUCUCUCCAGGAGCUUCCUGAGGGACUCGGUUCAACCCUAACAAAGCUUCGAGUCCUUAUCCUUCGUAGGAAUAAGUUUGCAACCGUGCCCUAUCCAGUAUUUGAGCUUAGUCAGUUAGUUGAACUAGAUAUUAGUCAUAACUGUCUGAGCCAUUUCUCAGAGGAUAUCGAUCUUUUGAAAGGGCUUAAAAAGCUCUGCAUUAGCCACAACAAGAUCCAGUACCUUCCAUCUCAGAUUGGAACACUGCAGUGCUUGGAGGAACUUGACAUAAGCUUCAAUGAGCUUCAUGAUCUGCCCAGAACCUUCUCGCAGCUCAGAAAGCUUAGAACACUCGAUGUAGAUCACAACAAGCUUCAACAUUUCCCACCAGAGAUUCUCGCUCUCACUGAUCUGGAGGAGCUUGAUUGUUCUGGGAAUAAACUAGAAGGCCUUCCAGGUAAUAUAAUGAUGCUCCAGUCCAUCAAAAUUUUGUGGCUCAGUAGUACUCACAUCUCUUCAUUGCCAGAGACAUUCUGUGAUCUGAAAAACCUGGAGAGUUUAAUGCUUGAUAACAAUUUCCUCAAGGCUCUGCCCCAGUCAUUUGGAAAAAUGCAAAAGCUGAAAAUGCUUAAUCUUUCAUCCAACUCUUUUGAAGAUUUUCCUCAGGUUAUCCUCAAGAUCGCUAGUUUGGAGGAACUGUAUUUGAGCAGAAAUAGAUUGUCUUUUCUUCCAGAAGAAGUAGGCCAACUGUCUAGCCUUGCAAAUUUGUGGCUGGACAAUAAUAGAAUAACAUUUCUCCCAGACUCAAUUGUUGAUCUGGAGAAACUGGAGGAGCUGGUUUUACAGGGUAACCAAAUUGCCAUACUUCCAGACAAUUUUGGAAAGCUUGCCAAAGUCACCAUUUGGAAAGUUAAGGACAAUCCUCUUAUACAACCUCCAUAUGAGGUCUGCAUGAAGGGGAUCCCAUAUAUAGCUGCGUAUCAGAAGGAGCUUGCUCACUCGCAGUCUGCUGUCAAACCAAGACUAAAGCUUGUUUUGAUGGGGCAAAAAAAUGCAGGGAAAACUAAGCUCAGGCAAAGCAUCGUAAGCAAACCAUUGGAUGCUAAAGCGUUAAGUGGAGGUAGAGGGAUAGAUCUGACAAACUGGGUAGCAGAUGCUCACCGCAGUCUUACUUUCAUUGUGUAUGAUUUAUCAGGGAAGCAGAAUUAUGAUCUCAUCAAACCAUUUUUUCUUUCACCUGGAGCGCUUUACGUCUUGGUGGUGAAUUUAAGAUCAUACACAUGUAAGACAUUUUACUCCAGUGUGGGGUAUUUUCUCCACCUGCUGGGUGCCAAGGUGCCUCACGCAGUGGUGUGCAUUGUAGGCACCCACACUGAUCUGUGUGAGGAGAUGGAGCUGGAGGAGAAGUGCUUGGAUAUCCACAGGCAGAUCUCCCUGCAGGAGAAAAGAGACAUCAACUGUUUGCAGACACUGGUCAUGCAGGUUGACCAAGCACUGGAACAGGGCUAUGACAUCAGGGCAUGUAGCCCUCAUGUGGUCUUUUAUGGUGUCUCGGACAAGAACCUGAGACGUAAAAAAGCCCAGCUUCAGUACAUGCUCAACAACCGGCUGCAGAUUUUGUCCCCAGUACUUUGUGUCAGCUGUGUGGAGACGCAGAAGAAUAUCCAGCGCUUGAAAGAGAAACUCAUGUCUGUUGCAGAUCACCGUGAGAUCUUCCCUAACCUUCACAGAGUGCUGCCAAAGUCAUGGCAGAUGUUGGAAGAGCUUCACUUUAAGCCGCAGGGCCUGUGGCUCUCGUGGUGGGACUCGGCCCGACUGGGUCUGCAGGCAGGCCUAACAGAGGACCGUUUGCAAAGUGCUCUCUCGUAUCUACACGAGAGCGGUAAAUUGCUGUACUUUGAAGAUAGUGUCACACUAAAGGAAUAUGUCUUCCACAAUCUUCCAUGCUUCAUUGCCAUCUUGAAUGUCUUCUUUCAAAGGGACCUCCCUGCAAUGCUGGAAAAGCUCCAUUCUGAAGGAGAUGGAGGUGAGGGUACUGCAGCCUCCCAGAUGCAGCAGCACGUAGAAGGCUUCCUGCUGCACGGCCUCCUGCCGUCCAAUAUCAUCCGCCUACUCCUCAGACCGCUCGUGCAGACGCAGCAGGAUUUGCACCUUAUCAUGGAGCUGCUGGAGAAGAUGGGGGUUUGCUACUGUGUCAACAAACCCCGCAGCAAGCCAAUGAAUGGGGCCACUAUGUUAUACAAGUUCCCCAGCCUGGUCAGUGAUGAGGAUCCCCACACUGAGCCCUGGCUCAAUGGCAGCUCACUGAUCCCUGGUCAGUUCUUCUCUGUGGAACAACUGCAGAUUGAGUACAACUUUCCUUUCCUCAUCCCUCCUGGACUCUUUGCACGGUACAGUGUGCAGAUCAACAGCCAUGUAGUACAACGCUCUGAUGGAAGGCAUUACAUCUUUGCUUACCGGGGUAAAGUGCCUGUGACAGUGAGUUAUAGGCCCUCACGGAAUAGACUGCAGCCUGAGGUCCUUGCCAUUUCUAGCCAUGCAUCUUUGCCAAAUAUCUGGACAGCUUGGCAAGCCAUUACCCCCCUGGUGGAGGAGUUGAAUGUUCUUCUGCAGGAAUGGCCUGGUCUCCAUUACUCUGUACAUAUUCUGUGUUCCAAGUGCCUGAAGAGGGGGUCACCUAACCCACAUUCCUUUCCAGGUGAGCUUUUAAGCCAAUCCCGGCCUGAGGGAUUCACCGAGAUCGUUUGCCCAAAGAAUGGCUCGGAGCGUGUUAGCGUGGCUCUGGUCUACCCCCCCUCUCCCACACUGGUCAGCCCAAGCCACAGAUGACUUUCCCUCCCCACUCCCUGAAAUGGACUGCAAAUGAACCCCACCCCCCCACCCCACCCCCCGACACACACACACACACACAGCUGCACUUUUGUCUCUGUUGUAUCACAAACACACACCCCAGGCAAAGCCACAUAAGUAUGUGCACACGGGCUCUGCUCCCACUUCCUCGGGUGCUCAGAACAUGACUGCUUGAAAGGACGUGUGCAGCAGGUCUGUGCCGAGCUGAUUGGGAAUGCACUCUGAGCCACAUGCCCCAGUGCAAAAGGAUUCCACACACACGUUUGGCUUUGGCUGCUAACUGCCCGCAAGUAGUCUUUGAGACUGUGGAACUGAAAUUGUGGGCACACUGGGAUGGCUGCCGGAGAAGCUUGUUCUGCCCCAUCAUCACAGACCCACAUGGAAUUGUCUGCUGUCUUAAUCAGAACAUGGAAUAACUGCAUCUCAGCCACAGUACAUAACCCGACCAAACUGGGAAGGAUCUGGGAAAUGUUUUGUACAGGCCCUGUUCAAAUAUAAUUGCAUCUUCCAGGUUGUGAACAGAUAGGCAAAUGUACCUUGUGAAGGGAGAGGUCACUUGUGCCCUAUUGAAGUGAAUGGGAUGGCAGAAGGAAUGGCGUCAUUUAGAAUGGACUGGAUCGGAGAGAGUUCAGUUGCUGCUUUAAGUGACUCUAUGCUUCAGAUGAUUUGACUCUGCAGUUUCUAAUAAGUAUAUGUACAUUGAGUCUGCUCUCCAUCAUGGAGUUACAAAAGAUCAAGUUCCAUCAGAAUCAAAACAGCAGGCCAAUGACACAGGUUCCAGCUGGUGCAGAAUUCAGACAAGAAAUUAUUAUUAUUUUUUUUAAAGUCUUGCACAGUUUUCAUGUAUCCUCUUUAAAAUUACCUACAUGCAAAUUAUUUUUGUCCAGAAAAUGUCAGUACAGUUCAGUUUGAGGUGUUGGUUUAUGUGUCAGGCUGGCAUCCUCCAUCUGCUCAAUCAUCUUACUGUACGUUCUUGACAUCUCACAGUGAUGUUGGAUGAACCUGAAUAUGACCCUGAACACUGAAACCUAUAGGUCCAAAACCCUGCCUUCAACAGGUUCAGUCACUCUAGAGGAUCUCCUCACCCAUAACUAACUGCAGAAUUUUCUUCACAGGAACACUGAAAAUUUUAGAAAUUAAAUAAGAUGGAUGCUAAAACAACUGUGCAAGACUUUUAAACAGUUUAUUUCCCGCACUCAAAAUGGCAUUAGAAAAAAAACACCUUACCACACCUUGCAUUCAUAAAUACAAUCCCAAUACGCAGAGAAUAUAUAUUAAAUGUUUUCUUCAGGCUUCUAUUCUUACAUCUGUGCUUAGUUUACACAAGAAUACAGUGGUCUUUCAUAAUCAUGGACACUAAUUUAUUUAUUUUUUUUGUAAUCGGUCAUUUUUGGAUUAUAAUCAGCAAAUUAUUUGUAAAAUUGCCAGGGAAAAGAAGGGAAACUGUUACUAAGGGUUGAUAAAAAUCAACUAGCAUGCAUUUUCAUUGUUCUUCCCAGUAAGGACAAAUGGUAUAAUAUGUAUAUUGUUUAUGAAGAGUUGAUACAAUUUUGUACAUAAUAUUUUUAUUUUUGUAAGUUGAUAUGUUAUCACAACUCGUUUAGCAUUAUUUAAUGCACACGGUGCAUAGCUGCUGCGCUCAAUGUUAAAAUGUGCAAACACUUUCUAAGUUAUGAACAGGUUAAUCAGUCUUGUUAGCUGUGAGAAACACCAAAUACAAAUAUUGGUUUCCAUGAGUGUUACUGAUAUUUUAUCUUUCAGUGGGCUACAUUGGUGGGGGGUGGUCUGGUAAUAUUAAAAGUAAAAUAUUGCAUCAGUAUUACUCCUAGGAUGUAGAACAUUAUUAUUAUUAUAGCUGCCUACAGCUUCCACUAUGCAGGAAGUGGCCUGACCUCUUGGGCUUCUGGAAUGAAUACACUGUCUUUAGCCUUGGAGUGACUUAAUUCUGAAACAAGCCUAACUUAAGAGAAGUAGCGUAGAUGCAUGUUGAUCAGUGUGUGCAGUGCCACCCGGUGGACUGACUGUUGAAGUGGGCCUACACCUUGUACUGAUAUGUAAUGAAUAUUGCCAAAGCAAACAGUAUGAAGCAGUACUGGAAUAUUCUUUUUUUAAACAUUCAGUACAAUGCAAUAUUGCAGCCAAAAAUACAAAAUCAAUACAAAAAUAAAAUAAAAGGGCAAAGUAACCAAGGGAUGCAAAAUACUGUCUUCCAUAAAUAGCUACCAAGAGUUAUAUAAAUGAUACAUAAGACUUUUUAUUUUAGUUUGACCAACAAAAAAGAAUAGAAAUCAUACUAUUCAAUAUACUUCAUUUAGUUCUGGUGUACACUUGAGGCUCUCCAAACACUUAACAUUUUCCAAAAAUUAAAUAAUGUAGUUAAAUGUUAAAUCUGUGAGCUUACAGGUCACACUGACCAGCUCAACACAGACGUUACACCAUGUCACUUACUCCUAUACAGUUAGAAGCAAAAAAAAAAAAAAACCCCUCCCAUUUCAAAUUAGGUUUAUUAGCUAAAUUUACAAGCGUUCAGAUGUUUCCAAUAAACCAAUCAAACGAGUAAACGAGCAAUUUAAAUAUCUCUACUAAUGUUAGAAGUGUUUUCUCCACAUUCAACACAAAAUGCUGCUUUUAAUGAUUAUUACAGUGGUAGUUUGCUGUUAUAACCUGUUGCAAAUAUGAUACAUAGCCAGACACUAGCUAUGGGCAGCGUUCCUGAGGAAUCUGAUCCCACUCCUCAUGGGCAAUGGCCUCCAGUUCACUGUUAUUCUUGGGUUUGUGUCCUGCAACACUCUUCUUCAAAUCCCAAAGAGUUCUAUGAGGUUCAAGUCAGACAA